CACACUCAAUUUAUUUUAUACAUAUAUAACAUCAGUGAAAAUAUAAACUAAACAAUUAAUAAAAGUGACAAGUACUUUCAAGUGAGAAGUGUUUUCGUAGGAAAAACAUUCAGUGUGAUGUCAGUAACUAAUUUGUCAAGUGCGACGAUGCAAUGGGCCGGUGGGGGGGACAGUGUCUUCCUCUGUAGAUGUCACAGCGAUUCACUGCAUUCGAUCACAAGCUCUUAUUAGGACCGGACUUCUGGUCAAGAUGUCGGCAGCAGGCUCAGCAGUGGCUAUGAUAGGCGGCAACCUUCGUUUUGGUUUAGCAGGCACGGCUAAUUCCACGAUGGUGAACAACACAAAACAUUGCCCGCCAGGGGGCGCGGCCAGUGCGGCUGCGUUACUUGCUUUAUCUAGUCUGGGAAUGUCCGCGAACAUUGCAUUGAUGGCUGUAAUACUUAGCAAGAAACAGCUUAGAAGAUGGUCUCAUGGCUUACUGUUUCACCAGGCGAUAGUCGAUUGUGCAAGGGCCGCUAUACUUCUGCCUCUGGGCAUCGCUGUAUUUCGGUGUCAGCCAGUAUAUAAAUGCUCAUUAGUGGAAACAGCAUUCUUGUUACUGGUGACGGUGUCGACAGUAAAUAUGCUGACGACGGUCCUGAACGACAGUCCUAUUUUUCCCGAAAACGAACAGGAGCAAGCAGAUUUAUCGGCGCCAUUACUCAUGGACAGUCCGCAGUGCGUUUUAUUCGGUACAUUCAUGAUUUGGUUCGCAUCAAUAACUAUUAAUCUCGGCCCGACAUUCCUGUCCGGGGCCCUGGCGGCCAGUGCCGGGUCUUAUGGCUCGUACGGGCCGGCACCUUCGUGUCCCUUGGUGCGGGGUCCUUUCCGACAUUACGUACUUAACGCGUUAUGGAUAGGCGUGAACGCUGUCUGCGUCGGGUUGACGCUUUUCCACUUGAGGAAACUCCACAGGGAUCUCACUAAGGCUAACGUAGAGGCAGUUCGAGUAGCUGGUUUAGUGACAACGCUUGUCAGCAUGGCAGGAGACAACCGGCGUAUGGACUCUCUGCCCAACAGCGUUGGACCGAGGACUGUUGAUGGUAACUUUUCUGAUGGCCACUGCCGACCAUCAGGCAGUACCAGUCUGCCUCUCGGCGGAGGGCGUCGUCUUCGAGGGUACUUGGCACGUGUUGAGCGAGAAGGAGUCAGACGAGUCCGCAUGUUUCUUGUCAUCACCGCGGCCUACGUACUCUUCUGGGGUCCAUUGUUCAUGAUUACGCUGCUCCACCAUCCAGCUCUGACAUCACAUGUGGCAUAUGAACUCUACUUCCAAAUCACGUUGCACAUUUCGUACGUGCACGCGGCGGUGAACCCGCUGUUGUUCAUGGCGUUGCAUCGUGCGCUGCGCCGCGCCGCCCUCCAGCUGUGCUGCGGCUGCUGUGUGCAUUGGAGUCAAUUCGUUCUAGCCCUUACUGCUGCAGCCCAGUCGCCUCUAGCCCCGUCUUCGUUUUCUCCGGCGGCGGGGUCCCCGGAGCCUCCGCCGGCUCCCCCGCCCCCCGCCCCGCCCGGCCCCGUGCCCUCCGGUCCCCCGGCGCCUCACACGAUGAUGGUAAUUACCUCUUAUAUGUAAGUGUUGACACUCUAAUACGUGAUUAAUAUCACUCGCACAACCCCGCACGCGUAGUUUGUUACUGUCCUUAGUCUCUAGUGCAUGAAGGUACCCUUCCGAAGAUUUCCUCUAAUGUCCAAGUGGUCUUUUGCGACGGAGGCUAUAGUUGCUGUAACUGGAUAGAUCGAUGAUCGGUCAUUUCGAGACGUGUAAAGUGGGUGGCGCAUUUACGUUGUAGAUGUCUGUCUAUAUAUGGGCUCCAGUAACCACUUAACGCAAGGUGGGCUGUGAGCUCGUCCACUCAUCUAAGCAAUAAAAAAAAUAAAAAACAUAACGCGACUUGCUCAACUAUAGUUUCAGUCGUUUCCUUUCGAUAGCGGCCUGCCGAUCCCCAGGCACUUUGGUCCUAGUUGAAUGACGGCAAACCUCUCGAUCUCAGAGUUGGGAAGUUGAGCAGUGUGAUGCUGAGAGUAUGUCGAGUGCGCGUGUGCAGGGAGACGAGGAUAUGAUGGGGGAGCCGUGGGGCGGCGGGCGCCGGGCGCGGUCCCCCAGCCCGCUGCUGCUGCCCGCGCUCUGAACUGCCGAGACGCACACAUCUACGUACACGCUCUCGCUCUCACACUCUUCUCACUUACUAUUUGACAUGUAAAUACUCAUUUAGUGACGCUUCUUUUAAGUAUAAAACUUGUAUAAUCAUAAUGUACUAGCUGGCCCGGCAAACGUUGCUCUGCCAUAGAAAUUAUUUCUAGGAAAUAAAUGAGAUAGAUAAAUAGAUAGAUAGAUUUUUACUGGUGGUAGGACCUCUUGUGAGUCCGCACGGGCAGGUACCACCGCCCUGCCUAUUUCUGCCGUGAAGCAGUAAUGCGUUUCAGUUUGAAGGGCGGGGCAGCCGUUGUAACUAUA